CGGAAGUUGUGAGCCCUCUCUCAGCCGCGUUUGCAUGACUUCACCCAGAAAUGGGAAGAAGUAGUUGGCUGAUAAUUUGGGAAAGCCCUCUUUUUCUUGAACUGCUGACGCGUACAACAGUCUACGUGCUGCCCGAAAAGUGAAGCAGCAUUUUUCUCUUCACCACAUCCUCCACCAUGUUACUUCGGGUUUUAGUCUCAGCAGCUCUGAUUUUCCGGGCUGAGUGUUACUUUGCUGAAGAAAAGUUCCCGGAGGAGUCGAAGAUGCAGCCUCCCACCGUGGUGAUCGCGAUCAUAGCCCGGAACGCCGCUCAUUCCGUGCCGUACUACCUCGGAGCUCUGGAGAGGCUCAACUACCCCAAAGACCGCAUCUCGGUGUGGGCGGCCACAGAUCACAACUCAGACAACACCACAGCCAUGCUGAGAGAGUGGCUGACUGUCAUGCAGAGAUUUUACCAUUAUGUUGAGUGGAGACCGAUGGAGCAGCCUAUGUCUUAUGCAGGGGAACUGGGUCCAAAGCACUGGCCCAACAGCAGAUAUGAGUAUGUGAUGAAGCUGAAGCAGGCAGCUCUUAAUUUUGCCAGAAAACGCUGGGCUGACUACAUACUGUAUGCUGACACAGACAACAUCCUCACCAACCCAGAAGCCCUCAACCUGCUGAUUGCAGAGAACAAGUCAGUCAUUGCCCCCAUGUUAGACUCCCAGGGAGCGUACUCCAACUUUUGGUGCGGCAUCACUCCGCAGGGCUAUUAUCGCCGAACAGCAGAGUACUUCCCAACACGUUACCGCCACAGACACGGCUGCUUCCCCGUGCCGAUGGUCCACAGCACCCUGCUGCUGGAUCUGAGGAAGGAAGGCAUGAGGAAACUGGCUUUCUAUCCUCCUCAUGAAGACUACUCAUGGCCCUAUGACGACAUCAUUGUUUUUGCCUUCUCCUGCCGUGCUGCAGCGGUACAGAUGUAUGUGUGCAACAAGGAGCGCUAUGGCUACCUAAACGUUCCGGCCAAACCUCAUUUCACGCUGGAGGAUGAUCGUCUCAACUUUGUCCACGUCCACCUGGAGUCACUGAUUGGUGGGCCCGGCAUGUAUCCCUCUCGAUACAUUCACAUGUUCCCAAAGCAGAGAGAUCUGAUGGGAUUUGAUGAGAUCUAUCUGAUUAACCUGCGACGCCGGCCUGACCGUAGGGACAGAAUGUUGUACUCCCUGAACGAGCUGGAGGUUGACGUCAAAGUUGUAGACGCUGUGGAUGGAAAUGCACUGAACAGCAGCGACAUUAAACUCCUGGGUGUCGACCUGCUGCCAGGAUACUACGACCCGUUCUCUGGGCGCACCCUCACCAAGGGAGAGGUGGGCUGCUUCCUCAGCCACUAUUACAUCUGGAAGGAGGUUGUGGACAUCCAAAUGGAUAAAGCCCUGAUCUUUGAGGAUGACGUUCGCUUCGAGCCAAACUUCAAGCGAAGAUUUCUCAGGCUCAUGGAGGAGGUGGAGAAAGUGAAGCUGGACUGGGACAUAAUAUACCUCGGCAGGAAGCAAGUAAAUCCUGGAAAGGAGGAGGCAGUGGAGAACAUUCGGAACCUGGUGGAGGCUGACUAUUCGUACUGGACUCUGUCCUAUGCCAUCUCUCAGCAGGGAGCCCAAAAACUGCUCAAUGCCGAGCCGCUUUCUAAGAUGCUCCCCAUCGAUGAAUUCCUCCCCAUCAUGUAUGACAAACAUCCCAAUGAGGACUACAAGUCCCACUUCCCCAACAGAAACCUGCAAGCCUUCAGCACGCGCCCCCUUCUGGUGCAGCCAUGUCACUACGCCGGCGACCCUGCGUGGGUGAGCGACACGGAGACUUCGACUCUGUGGGACGAUGACACGGUAAGGACCGAUUGGAGGGGCUCCCACAAAACGCUGAAGGGAGCUGCGCCACCGCCUGAGAUGCUGUCUGCCUCCUACAGGGAUGAACUUUAGUGCCAGGAGGCUGUGAGGUCAGAGAGAAGGACGCUGAGAGGACAACAUGAUGUCAGACUUCAUUUCAGUCCACUCAGUUUGAUGCGCCAAACAUGCUCAGUGUCCUACGAGUUGGACGUUUUGAGUUUUGAUUAUUCUAAAUGGUGUGUGGUACUCGGUGGAUGAUAUUUCGGAUAAUUUAUUGACACUCUGUAGCAAUAUGCUUUAAAGGUUAUGCGGAAACUUGCACAACAAAUUUUCCUCAAUCAGUUCAGUGUUUUAAACAUUUUUGUUUGUUUAUUAGCUUUUAAUAACAGUUAUUACUUCUGUGGCAUGCGUGAAAGAAACUUAUGUCUGAUGUAUGCCUGUGGCGACUGGAUUUAUGGGAAACUGAGCUCAGAUAUUUCCUUUUUUUUAAUAAAAUAUCUGUGUAGUCAUUUUUCUUCUUCCACUGGGACUAUUGACAGACAGAACUGCACCCAUUACAAAGCUCAAAUUCUCACAGCAAUAACAGUUUCAAAGCGUCGACACAUAUGAUGGUUCAGAACUCUUCUGAGUGGCUCAAGAUUGUAUUAAUCAAAUAUCGUGUUUUUACUCGAGCAUACUGAAUGUUAUUUAAGAAAGUCUCACAAAGCAUUUUAAAAGUAAUAGAUUCAGUGAUAAUUAUCUUAAACCUACAUUUUUUCAGGUAAAUUAAACUGCAGAUGGUUAGUUCGAAUUCAUGGAUUGCUGAAGUUUUUAUUUCAUUUCGAAUAUUUGCAAAGAUGAAAAAAGAUUCAUACAUAAAAUACAUUCAAGAAUAAUGUGAUCUGCUAGAAAGAAAAAAAAAUUUCUUGGAAUUAAAGCUGUUACAAUUAUGUAAAAUAAAAAAUCUGAUUAAAUAUAAGGUCGUCAAGUUUAUCUAAAUAUAAUUUAAGAUUGUUUUACAUUCACAUUGAAAUGGAACAAAGCAGGCGUAUGCUGAGGUUAGUAGUGUUAGGUUAGUAUUUUAAAUGGUAAAAUUCUUUGAUAUGGGUUCAGGAAGUAGAUAAAACAUUUACAUUAGAAUUUAUGAGCCAUUUAAAUUACAUAAAUGAGGUUUGACUAAACCUUUACUUUUAUUUUAAUAAACACAUGUAAUGAGCUGUUUUCAGUUUGGAUAAUUUCUGCUUAUGCAUGUUUUAAUUUAUUGAGUCUUUGCUGAUGUGCCUUACUGGUUAAUCAAAAACUUGUCCAUGUGGCUGUUUUUCUUUAUCUGUGUUUUAAAGUGGGGUAAAUGGAACAUUUCGUCAUUUUUAAAUAACAAACAGGUCAAAUUUUGAUUAAAGAAAACUUAACAGUUAAUGUUGUGAGUAACGAGAUUUUAUCUUUGAUAUUUGGUGCCAAGCUACCCAUGUUGUACAGACCACGAUUUACCACAAGAAGGCGACAAUUUUCGACCAUCAAAUAGGAGUAGCAGGUAUUGUUCUGCUGAAUGGAGUUCAGAAAAAAUACCGGGUUUGUAAAGUUUAGUUAUCUUGACUUACUGUGAUUACUGAUGCUGUAUAAUCACUUGCCUUUUGUUAAUUAAAUGCAUAAUUUUUACAAAAAAUAUUUUGUGAAAUAGGUCAUUAAGUACAAAGUAUUGGAUUUUAUAGUGAUAAUUGUAUUGGGUAAAAUAUCCUUUAUUCAUAUUUUUCCCCAGCUUCUCUUUUUCAAUUGAAUAUCAAACUACUGGACUUAAAGUCUCCAGUUUCUGGGAUUCUGCUUGUUUUACUGCUUUGUGGAAGAAUAUAGUUGAAGCCAAUGAGGUUGGAGGAGUUGCUCCUGCACUUAAUCAGACCAAAUUUGUCUGUGGCUGAUUCUUGCGACUGUUGGCAUCAUAAAGAUGGGUGAGACACUUGCAGAGGCAGACAUGCAUGCUCAGACCUCCAUAUAACAUAUCAAGCUUGUCUUUUUAUUGGCCGAUUUCAGUCAGGCCUUUCAGCUUUUGCUUCUGCUAACUGCAUCUUUAAAUGUUGCCUUCAGCUGUAAUUUUUUGGGUACUUCUGCACAGUUUCAAGGGCUUUUGUUAAUAGUUGUUUAUUUGUCUUUCUUUUAACCCACUAGUAGUUUUUCAUUUUCUUUGGUACAUCCUAUAUAGCUAAUUUCUUUCCUCUUCUGUGUGAUAAGCUGCUCAGUUUAAAUUUGACUGACCUAAAGAUAGGCAAAAACAGAAGAGGUCACCCACUCACUUUGACCGUAGAGUAAGACUCUUCACUCCAAUGUUAUUCAAAUGCCUGUGCUUUGUUUUGUUUGAUACAGCGGCUUUCAAAAUUCUACACAAUCACUAUAAGAUGUUUUGGAUUUUGUGAUAUAAAAAAUAAGACCAUGAUAAAUUAUUUCUGAACGUUUUCUGUAAUUAACGUGACAUUUAUUUUGUGCAAAUUUGAUUGGGGGAAAAAAUUAUAAAAAAAAUGUUAAAAGCUGUAAUAAACUGAUUGCAUACGUGUGCACACCCAUAAACUAA